GCCCCAGCGGGCACGCCUCCUCCUUCCUCUUCUUCUCUUUCACCACCACUACCACUGUUGUUUCCAGACGGCGUUGGCUGGAGCAACAUCUCGAGAAGAAAACUAGGAAGGUCCAGAGGAGGGAAAUGAAGGCAGCCUUCUUGCUGGGGGGGUUGAAGAUGGACCCCAAAGGGAGCCAAGCAACGUAAGAGAGCCACCUCGGGAAGAAUCCUGGAAGGGACUCUCCAAGGGCGAUGGAGAACGUCACGUUCCUGCUGUACUCGCUGAACGCCAGUGUCAACUCCUCGGAAGCUGGGUGCGGCGAGGAGGACCACCCUUACAAGUGCAAGUUUAACGAGGACUUCAAAUACAUCCUCCUGCCCGUCUCCUACAGCAUCGUCUUCGUGGUGGGCCUGACCCUCAAUCUGCUGGCCCUCUACGUCUUCAUCUUCCGCAUCAAGACCUGGAACGCCUCCACCACGUACAUGUUCAACCUGGCGGUGUCUGACUUACUCUACGUCAUCUCCUUGCCCUUGCUAGUCUACUACUACGCCAUGGAGGACAACUGGCCCUUCAGCGUGGGCUUGUGCAAGAUUGUCCGCUUCCUUUUCUACACUAACCUGUACUGCAGCAUUCUCUUCCUCCUUUGUAUCAGCGCCCACCGUUUCAUGGGCGUCUGUCUCCCUCUGAAGUCCCUGGAGUGGGGUCAAGUCCGCUACGCCCGUUGGGUCUCCGCCAUCGUCUGGUUGGUGGUGAUCUCCUGCCAGUCCCCGGUCCUCUUCUUCGUGACCACCAGCCAGAGGUGUAACAGCAUCACCUGCCACGACACGUCCGCCAAGGAACUCUUUGACCAGUUCCUCAUCUACAGUUCAGUGAUGCUGGUCCUUCUCUUCUGCAUCCCUUUCCUUCUCCUCAUCAUCUGUUACUGCAUGAUGGCUCGGAAACUUCUCCAGCCCACGCGGGGCAUCUCCCGCAUGUCCAGCUCCAAGAAGAAAUCUGUCAAGAUGAUCAUCAUCGUUAUGAUGGUCUUCAUCAUUUGCUUCCUGCCCUUUCACAUCACCCGUACUCUGUAUUACUCCUUCCGCAGCUGGGACCUCAGUUGCCCCACGUUGGACGCCAUCAACCUGGCCUACAAACUCACCCGCCCUCUGGCCAGCACCAACAGCUGCCUGGACCCUAUCCUGUACUUUUUGGCCGGGCAAAGGUUUGUCAAAUUUGCUUGCCCCCAGGCCACGGCAAAAAAUGGUACCCAGUCGGCGACGAGUACCGUUCCGCAUUGCAACUUUCGGGGACGAGACAACUUAGCCAUGAGAGCCAAAAACACGGUAUCGUAGCCAGUCUCGUUUCGAACAUUUCCUGCAAAUAUGUUCUUUUGGGGAAGUCGCCGAUAUCAGGAACGACAUCUUCUGAAAUUCUGCAAAGGUGUUUUCCACCAAAGUUGGUACGAAUGGUACAACAGACGCGUGAAAAAAAUCACUAUUUAAAUGACUUUUUUAGAAGGACGGAGAACCGAACGCUCUUAAGCACUUGUCUAAGUUUCCAAGGCGCAGCUUGCGCCACGGAAGGUCAAUUGUCGUUAUCACCAGGGGAGAUUAUCUCUUGGGGAAACAAAAAUUAAUGUAAAUCAGACACUGUCUGGGUUCACACAACAUGGAAACAGGGUUAAAACGUGGCUUGGCAGGACCAGAGACCAGGAUGGGCCGGCAACAGCUGACACCGAGGUCUUAUCGCUUCCUUGUUCCUAAAUAUUGUCAUGUUUUCCUUUGCAAUGAUGGACAAUUUUUCCCUUUUAUUAAUGUCCCUCCAAGACUCUUCGGGAGGGUUUUGCUUCUGAGAGACGGAACCGAAUAAAAAUAACAGUUGUACUGAUAUAGUAAUAUAUAGCACUAAUAGUAAUCCAUUGUGGUUUGUGAUGUGGGAAUUCAACGAUUGAAAGCAGAGGCCUUUUAAUAAAAUAUUUUCGUCUGAAAAAAUGCCACUGGACACUGAUUUUCGGCUAAGAUAGACUAGCAUGUUUGUGUUCCUACAAUGUUAACAUGUUGAGUGAACCAAGCUAUCAUGCUGAGUCAUUCUUUCUGAGUUUACACAACAUCUUUAACUCAGUUAAGGAAAGACCUAAUGGAAAUAAAUCUUCAUACAACUUGUUAAAUUUAGUUAGCAUUAACCUUGAUGGGGGGUUUUGGUGGCUAACGGUGUAGCGUUAAAUUAACCAGAUUACUACACCGGGUUAAUGAUAGCAAUUUUCCAAUAUUUGAGGGGCUGCCCCAAAGAAGAGGGGGUCCAUCUAUUCUCCAAAGCACCAAAGAAGGCAGGACAAGAAGCAACGGAUGGAAACUAACCAAGGAGAGAAGCAACCUGGAACUGAGGAGGAAUUUCCUGACAGUGAGAACAAUUAACCAGUGGAACGACUUGCCACCAGAAGUUGUGGGUGCUCCAUCACUGGAGGAUUUCAAGAAGAGAUUGGACAGCCAGUUGUCUGAAAUGGCCUAGGAUCUCCUGCUUGAGCAGGGGGUUGGACUAGAAGACCUCUAAGGUCCCUUCCGAUUCGGUUAUUCUGUUACUCUGGUUCGAUAGCAUAGUGUAUAUAGUGUGAAGUUUUAGGCAAUGUGGUUUAUUUGUUGCAUCACAAUACGUGGUGUGAGCCAUGUCACUUGAGUUCUCUUGAUUUUAAGAGGUCACCUGAAUUUCUAAUAUUGUACUGUAAUUGAUAAAGCAUUGCACGACUAAUACAUGGUAUUUAUUAGCCCCUCCAUUUUAUGGACCUCCAUUCAGGAGAAUUUUGAAUGCAAUGGAGAAAAUCCACUUGGAAAACAUUCAUAAAUUUUUGAUAAAAUUUGAAUAUGAAUUAGAAAAAUUUCCACGUAGAUUAUGAAAAGAUUUACUUAAUUAUCUACCUUCUGAUUUAAUGGGCAUUUGGCUUUAUCGGACACCCUUUUCCCCUCGACAGAUCCAUAAAAUUAAGGUUUUUAACUAAUUUUUUCCCUGGGCUGCAACAUUUCAGCUUCCAAGCAGCCGUAGAAAGGAAAAUGGAAAUGGUAUUUUUCAAACGUGGCAAUUUUCAGAUGUGUAGAUUUCAACUCCCAGAAUUCCCCAGGCAACCUACAGGCUGGGGAAUUCUGGGAGUUGAAGUCCACCCAUUCGAAAUUUGCCAAAUUUUGAGACUUAAACCGCUCUGCGUCAAUUUUUUCUCCACUGGAAAGUUCUGAUUCGGGGAAAGUUUGUCCAAUACAAGUAGUCCUCGACUUACGGCCAUUCAUUUAGUGACCGUUCAAAGUUAAAAUGGCCCUGAAAAAGGUGACUUGUGACUUUUCCCCCCACAUUUACGACCGUUGCCGCAUAUAUCCCCCACGGUCACGCGAGCAAAAUUCAGACGCAGCUGGGCAACAGUUUCGUAUUGAUGACCGUCGCGUGAUCCCGUUUGCGACCGCCUGACAAGCAAAGUCGAUGAGGGAAGCUAGAUUCACUUAACGACUGGACAACUGCAGUGACUCACUUAACAACGGCGGCAAGAAAGGUCCUAAAAUGAGGCAAAACUCUGUCAUGCUUAGCCAACAAAAGUUUUGGUCUCAAUUGCAGCCGUAAAUUUGAGGACUUCCUGUAUGUGCAAACUGCCACCUGCGAUACAGGUGAAAACACGCUAAACUGGCCAUUUAAGUGCUUUAUAAUCACUUUAUAAGCAGGGCAGGUAAUUCACCUCCUUCCUGUUAACCUUGGAGAACACUGACUCUUGCAGAAAGUUGCAAAUUGCGGUGCUUAAUGAAGUGCCCUUAAAACCCCCAUUUUCCAAACAGCGGUUUGUUAAAGAUCCUGCAAGAUUUUAAAGGGUGUUUUUUUUUUCCUUCUGGGGGGGGAAACUCCUCUGUGCUGAAAAUCAGGAUUUGCAUCGUUUCCCAGCCAUAAAACCCACAAAAUCCCCUUAAGGCGAUCCGUUCUCGUCCCCUCCUACCCCCAAACUCGCAGGUUGGGUUCACACAACCUUUUCAUCCUGGUUAAAAAAAAUAAAUAAACCAUGCCUGUGAAGCCGAGUUCAUUUGAAGAUGGACAGUUGCAGGAAAAAAAAUAUAUGACCUAUUACUAUUACCAAGAUAGUUUGUGGAUGAAAUUCGUUCUGUCAGGUUAACCUGGGUUUGAGGGGUUAUCUGAACGCAGGCAGCAUUGGGUUAACGUCAUUUGCACGCACUGAUCUGGAUUUUCAGACAUAGGAGUCCCAUAAUCUGAGGUUAAAUGUGCUUCAGAGACCUGGUUAGGUUUUUAAAAACCAUUUUAAUUUGUGGUGUGAACACAACCAGCAUGAAGAAAUAUUUUCUUAUGCAUCGGGGAGUGAAUGGUGCUCUGCUUUGCAAUAAUUAUUUAUUUUUAUUUAAUCGUUCACCCAAUUUAUAUCCUAUUCUUCCCUCCAAGACCAUCCCUGGUUCUCAUAUAUCUGAUUGCCCCCCCCCCUUAUAACAACGACUCAGCGAGGUAGGCUGGAUUUGGAGGGGCUGAUCUGACAUCCAAGCAUUUGCUUGGCUGAAUUUGAACUCGCUUCUCCUUUUAAACCGGUUCUGACCCCCGAAAUCUUUUCUCACCGGAUAUGAAGAAGUGCCUUGUUCACAGAGAGGCUUCAUUCCUCAUGAACUUUUAAGCACUGACUGGGAUUCGUGAUUUUAACCAAGAUUCUUUAAUCCUUAUUUGUGGUUUUUUGGGUUCUUGUUUUUAGGUGUCUUUGUUUUUUUAAAAAUGCACUCUGUUUGGAAGGAGGAAAAGCGGCCGCUGAUCAUUUAAAUAAAGGUGUUAUUAAUCAGAAGACGUUUAACGGGGUUGAGGCAACGGUGGUCAAAAAAGUCAAGAUGGCGGCAGAAAUGGCACCAUCAAAACUUUACCUCAGGUUUUGAUUGACUGUUGCAGACGCCAUCUUGACUCUGCAAAAUAGUGGAAUCGUAUCAAUUCAAAAGACAACUGACCAUUGGGGUAACUGAACAUUAAUCCGGACAAAGAAUUUUGUUAUACCUAGAGGCAAUCCUCGUUCGUUUAGUGACCAUUCAAAGUUACGACGGCCUUGAAAAAAAAUGACUUACGACAGGUUCUUGCACUUACGACCGUUGCAGCUUCCCCACGGUCACCGGAUCAGAAUUCAGAUGCUUGGAAAUGGACUCAUCUUUAUGACGGCCGCAGCAUCACGUGAUCCCCAUUUGCGACCUUCCCAGCCACUUUCCAUCAAGCAAACCCAAUGGGGGAAGCUCAGUUUGCUUAACGACCGUAUGUUUCACUUAACAACUUUCCUGAUUCGCUUAAGAACCAUGGCAAGAUCGUAAAAUCCUCAAUUUAGGUAGUCCUCAACUUACGGCCAUAACUGAGGCCAAAAUUUCUGUUGUUAAGUAAAACAGCAGUUAAGUUAAUUUUGCCUCAUUUUAUGACCUUUCUUGCCAUAGUUGUUAAGCGAAUCACUGCUGUUGUUAAGUUAGUAACUUGGUUGUUAAGUGAAUCUGACUUCCCCAUUGACUUGGCUUGUCAAAAGGUCGUAAAAGAGCAUCACGUGGCCCCUGGACAUAGCAACGGUCAUAAGUGUGAGUCAGUUGCCAAGUGCCUGACUUUUGGUCACAUGGUCAUGGGGAUGCUGAAGCAGUCAUUAAGUGUGAAAACUAGGCAUAAGUCACUUUUUUCAGUGCCACUGUAUCUUUGAAAAGUCACUAAAUGAAUUGUUAUAAGUCAAGGACUGUCUAUAUGUUGGAGAAGAAUUUUUGGAGGGUACAAAUUCGAAACCCCAGAGAAUGUCUAAGCUAAGUUUUUAUAUGUUUCAUGUACUAAAUGCUUGACCAGUAACAAAAUGGACAGACUUCAGUAAGGAAACUCAAAUGAUUUUUUUAAUGUAUUUGCCUGACAAUUUUGCAAAAAUAAAUCCCAAAUUAAAAUUUCA